AGGACAAUGACACCAAUAAGAGUAUUACUUGAACUAGUUUUAACAUCAGGAAGUUUGCCUCCCGAAAAAUCAGGUGAGAUUUGGGCACGUUUCCUGGCCUUGGAAAGCAACAUUGGAGAUGUAGCUAGUAUACUGAAAGUGGGAAAAAGGAGACACACAGCAUUCAAGGAGGGGUAUGAAGGGAAGGAGACGGCACUCCUUGUGGAUAGAUACACAUUUAUGGACCUGUACCCCUGCUCCACAAGUGAACUGAAAGCUUUGGGAUACAAGGAUGUACCGAGAGCCAAACUGGCAGCACUAAUCCCAGACCCUGUGGUAGCUCCAUCCAUAGCCCCUUCGCUGAAAGACGAUGUUGAAAACCAGAGUAUCCCAAACCUGACACGUCCCAGAUGAUCCCUUUCCAGCCGUGACAUUUAGCUCCACCUGGACUCCAUCCUGUUCCUGGCGGAGUAUUCCCAGUCCCUCCAGCUGCAGUGAUCCUAAUGAAGCUGCUUCCUACCCCU